AUGCCAGCACUGACCGCUUCACUGCCAGGACUCCGCAACACCUCCACCGCGGGCCAGGACGGCGCGCGUCCGAGCACCCUGUUCUCGUCCGUCCUGCAGCUCUGCAUUGAGGUGCUGUCGUGUAUCUACGUCCCGCUCCUGCUCAAGUGCCUCGCCCUCUCGCAGGGUGUCGCACGCACGGCCCAUGAGCUUCUCAGCCGAUUUUUAACCCUCCCUCCCUGCCAAGUCUACCCGCCCAGAGAAAGCGCCGUCGUAAUCGUUGGCGGAGAUGACGACAUAGGCAGGCACCUCGCGCUCACCUUCUCCGAGCAGGGCUGCACGGUCUUCGCGCUCUGCCCUGACCAGCCAGCCUCAGCCCCAGCCUCGCCGGCGCAGAGCUCGCGCGAGGCCGCCCAGGACGCAUCGAACGUGUCUGCACUUAUCCAGGAGUGGCACAAGAGGAUAAAGAGAUCCGGCCGUUCGCCGCGGUGGGGCCUGCUCGCGCCCAUCGUGCUCGACAUGAAUUCAGGGGCGCAGCGCGCGCACGCGGUCGAGACCGUCGACGCCUACUGCGCGACGCACAACCUCCACCUCGUCGCGGUGAUCGUGCUGCCGCCGAGUGCUCCCGCCCCUCCCCAGCCGCAGCCGCUCGCGGGCGGCGCGGCGGACGUCGCGGCCUGGGCAGAAGUCGUCCGCCGGUGCCUCGUGGCGCCCAUAUCCGUGGUGCACGGCUACUCCAAGCUGCUCGCGGCAGCCUCUGGGCGGGUCGUGCUUGUGCUCGCAUCCGGCGAUCAACUCGAGAUGCGCUCUGCACACUUGCAUGCACUCGAAUCUGCCGCGCAGUUCCUGCGCCGGGAGUGGGGAUUGUUAGGCAUCAGAGUCGCAACUGUGUCGGCUGGGCCCUUCGCCCCGGCGUCCAAGCAGGCGGACGAUGCCGCGAGGUAG